AUGCCUCCCAAGAAGGACGAUUCCGCUGCCACCGUCGGCGAUGCCAUCACCGGCUUCACGUCCAAGGAGACGAAGAUGAUCGCCGCUGCCUUCGUCGCCUCUACCGGCCCCGACAAGUACGACUACGAGCUGCUCGCUACCCUCACGGGCAACACCGCCGGCUCCCUCAAGAAGAUGUGGCCACCCGUCAAGCGCAAGGUCAUCGAGGCGCACGCCUCCUUCGGCACGUUCCUGGGUGGUGCGGCCGGCGAGGCUGCGGCCGCGAAGCCAGCUCCCAAGCCCAAGGCCAACAAUGGCAAGAAGCGUAAGGCAACGUCUGCCGAGCCUGAGCAGGAGGACGAGGCUGGGGUUGAGGAUGCGGGGAAGAAGAAGCCGGGUCCCAAGGGCCGCAAGAAGAAAGCUGAUAGCGUGGACGCAGAGACCGAGGAGAAGAAGCCCGCAGUGAAGAGGGGACGCAAGAAGGUUAAGAGUGAGGAGGACGUUGCUGAUGACGAGAUCAUGGAGGAGAUCGCUGAGGAGACGGCUGCUGCUGCUGCUCAGGAGGAGGUCUAG